GAAGAGCGAGUUGCUCGCGCGCAUCGAUGUCUCUUUCAAAUCGGAAACCAUAUCAACACAUGUCUGGCGAAAUAUAAAACUGCCGAACAAGUUAGAGAAUGAAAAGGCAAUCUUUAAUAUUUUGCUUCCUUUUUCCUAACUCUAAACCACCAAUUUUAUGUCACUAUUUUUUUUUUUGGUUAAUGCGAAAACAUUGGAAACUGACAGUGUGGAUCUUGUUUGGUGUAGAAAGUCGCAAACCCGGAUGUGCUACUUACAAGCAUGAACGUCGUUUACUUUACGUUUCAUAAAUACGAUACAUGAUAUCAGUUUUUAUGGAAAAGCGGUAAAUUGGCAACUGCGUUACCAUGUCUUGUAUGCAAGAAUAUUGAAACGUAUAUUGGAAAACUUAAUAUAAAUAUAUUUAUUACUUGUGUAAUUGCCAUUUGCAGAUUUUAUUAUUGGUGAUGCUCUUGUUAACAUCCUAUUUGGAUCGACAGUGCAAUUAGGAAACAAAUCAACGUAUUCGUACAAAUUUGUACUAAUAAACAAAUCUAAUUUUUUUGUGUUUAGAAUAGAUAUUUGAUAUCUUUGUCAAAUUACUUGAACAGGAACAGAAAUUUUAUUGCUGUUAAGACUCAUGCCUAAAGACUUAUUUACAAAAUGACAUUUUCUACCAGAUUGAUGGCAGUUGAGCUUUCAAUCGGCGCGGUCGUAUGUCCCUCUCCAGCGCAUUAUUUUUUCCAGUUAUAUAGCCAUGCCAUUUUUGUCGACGGUCAACAGUCUUGUCGAUACCCAUCGGGCCACACACGUUUGCGGACGAGCCUACGAUCACUUUGUGGGAAGACACUCUUUUUCGAGAGAAACUCGACUUAUUCGGCUAAUUUGCUUCGAUUACUUUCAUAUUGCAAAAAAAUGGCAAAUGAUCGCUUAGAUAUAGUGAUAUUUGGCGCCACUGGAUUUACUGGAAAAUUUGUGGUAAAAAAUGCGACUCAUAUUUGCAAAGAUAGGAAACUGAGGUUUGGUAUUGCUGGUCGUAGAAAGGAAGCUUUAGACGCUGUUGUUACAGAAUUUGCUUCAGAUAUUGAGGACAUACCUAUUAUUCUGGCUGACGUAAAAGAUGAAGAGUCUCUCAAAAAAAUGACAGAACGAGCAAAAGUACUUAUCAACUGUUGCGGUCCAUACAGAUUUUAUGGAGAACCAGUUGUCAAAGCAUGCAUUGCUACUCGCACUCAUUAUGUUGAUGUCACUGCUGAAAUACAGUUCAUAUUGAAAAUGCAAUUGGAAUAUAAUGAAGCAGCGAAAGAAGCUGGUGUUUAUAUAUUGAGCGCUUGCGGUUUUGACUGCAUUCCUAGCGAUUUGGGAAUUAUUUUCACACAACAAAAAUUUGAAGGAGAAGUCAAUGCUAUUGAAAUGUACUUGAAAUGGACAACUAACGCUGAGAAGAAAGGUCCAUAUGCAAAUUAUGGAACUUAUGAGUCGCUACUAUAUAGUGCGUGUCACCUAAUGGAAUUACGAGAAUUACGUGCAAAGUUAUAUACUACCAAAUUGCCCGAAUUCACGCCGAAAUUAAAAAAAAGAAGUGUGGUGCAUCGAAGUGAUGUUUCUAAAGGAUGGUCCGUGUGGUUUCCGUGUUUCGCUGCCGACCGCCCAGUGGCUCUUCGUACACAGCGAUUUUUAUAUGACAAAUAUAAAGAAAGGCCCGCACAAGUUCAGUUUUAUGCCACAAUAAAGUCUUUUUUUGAACUCCUGAUGCUAGCCAUUUUCGGUGCAACUUUAUUAAUCCUGUCUCAAAUAUCAUGCAGUCGUAACUUGCUUCUGAAACACCCUGCUCUAUUUACGUACGGUUUAGUAAGUCGUGAGAAACCGGAUAUAGAAUUGUUCAAAUCAACGCACUUUGAUAUGACGUUUGUAGCUUACGGAUGGACUGAAAAGCUGGCUAAACCUACCGACAAGCAUACCGAUCCGCCAAAUAAAAAAGUAAUCACCAAAAUCUCUAGCGUUUCUCCCGGAUAUGAAAUGACUAGCAUCGUAAUGAUUUUAUCAGCUAUGACAAUCCUUAACGAAAUUGAUAAGAUUCCCGACAACGGAGGAGUGCUUACUCCUGGUGCUGCGUUCGGUAAAACAUCUCUGAUCGAGCAAAUGAUUAAACAUAAUAUUAAAUUUGAAGUGAUAUCUACUGAAAUACAAAAUAAAUUAUAAAGAAAGAAGUAUAAAAUAUACUAACGUCUUUCUUUUUAGCACUCUUUAUAAUUAUGUUUGAUUUUGAUAUUAAUAUUUUUAUAAUUUUAAAUAAUUUUCAGAAAUACUAUACGCUCUAUAUUUAUGAAGCUCUAUACAUAUAUAUUUUAUUCAUAUAUAUUUUAUUACGCUCUAUACAUACAGGGUGUCCUAAAAAAUGUGGGUCAACGUAAAAAGGUAGAAGGGAUUAGGUCUAACUAAGCUGUGCUACAACUUAGGCGACCCGAGCCUGCCUCUCUUUGCGCUCUUAUUAGUAUGAGCUUAACAUUGAAUGACUCAAUAAUUUUUGCAAAUAUCGCAAAAUGAUAGAAGACUUUUAUUGUUCAUCUCUACCACAUGUUUUAGGACAUCUUGUAUAUAUUUCAGAUAUUGAUAUUAAUAGUAUUUUGAAAAAAUGUUUAUAAGAAAAAUGUAUAAGUAUUAUAAUUUAAUAAAAUUUAUUUAUUACAUGUUAUUAAUUAUUACAAAAAUGAAAGUUUUAAGACAUAAAAUGUUUCUUAAAGAGUAGACUUUACUUCAUCAGCAAAUAGGGGACAGUAAACAAUAGUAUACAAAAAUUCAUGUAAACAUGUUUCCUAUUUGACCUUGUUUCAGAGUAUUAUUUUUGUGUUUAAUAAUAUGCAGUUGCUUAUUUUUAUAAAUAAAGAAGAAAAGUUAUCAUUUUGAACAUCUACUUUCGGUCUGUAUUUAUCUUCUAUAAAGAAAAGUGAUUACAGUUUACUAUGUAUAUGAAACUCUAUAUAUUGUAUAUAAUAUUACAAUACAUCUCAAACUUAAACCUGUACAUCAUUUUUGAAGAAUUGAUUAAAAUAUGUGAUGUAAUUUAAUAUAAGUUGAUAUUGACACACUUUUAA